UUACGGUACAUGUGCUCCUGAACUUCAACUUGUAGCUAUAAAAGUUGUUAGUCAAACAACUUAUGCUACAAAUUGCGAGAGAAAUUGGAGUACAUUUAGUUAUAUUCACACAAAGACGAGGAAUAGAUUGAAGUAUAGAAAGUUACAUAAACUUGUCUUCACACAUUACAACAUGAAGCUGAAAAUGAGACAAGAAAUGAGGAGAAGUCAAGAAGAAAUAGAAACAAGUUUUGAUCCUAUAAAUCUUAACUAUAUAUUUCAAGAAGAUCCUUUAUCUGAAUGGAUAGAAGAGAGAGAAAAUCCAUUAUUGGAUGGAGUUCAAAAUGCAGAAUGGUUGCAUAUAGAAGAUACAGAUGAUGAGAUUGUGGAAGUUGAUGAUGAUAACAAUGGAUCAAAUGAUGGUGAUGAUGGUGGUUUAAGUCCACCAAGCGGUAACAGUGAUAAUGGGGGUGGUAAUGAAGAAGCUGGCGAAGGUGGUGGUGGUGGUGAUGAUGAUGAAGAUGCACCAAUAGACCAUGAUCCAUACGGUGAAACACCACCUAUUUAUAGGCGUUAUAGAAAUUUGACUGAUAUGGAUCGUUCUGAUGGUUCACUACUUAACAGUGGAGGAGAUGUGUCACAUUCUAGAUCAAGAAGAGGUAAAAGGAAACAAAAUGUUCCACUUGAAGAUUCUUCUUCUUCUAGUAUUGCUCAAAGUUUUAGUGACUUUGGGAUUGGUGAUUCUUCUCAAAAUAGUCAACAAUCUUAUCCGCCUAUUUAUCAAUAUCCUUAUUUCAACUCAUAUAACCAAUAUGCAAGUGAUCAAGCUCCUUCCAACUACCAACAAGCAAUGAAUUACCAAGAUCCUUAUUAUGAACAAUCAAGUGAUGGAUUUUUUGGUUAUGUCUUUGGGCAAGGAGCUACACAAGAUGAUAGCCAGAGUGAAAGUACAAGUAAUGCUCCUCCACGUCAUUCCACCAUGUGGUAAAAAGUAUCAUACCAUAUAUUUAUAUGGAGACAAAUAUGAUGUUGCUUUUCAAAGUCAAAAUUGCAACUUAGUGCAUUUAUCUAUUUGUGAUGUAUUAAUUGUAUUAGUAUUUGCAUAAACAAUUAUGAAUGUUAUUUAUGUUAA